AUGGACGAAAGCACUACCGCCCCCGCCGCCUCAUUCACCACCACCACUACCACCACUGCUCCCCACACCCCCAUCGCCACCGCCGCAACGGCCUUCCUCGCCAGCUACGCGCGGGCGAUGCACCUCGCCGAUCCCAGCACGUCGGCGACGAAGUCAACCAACAUCCCGCUCAUCGCGGCGGCGCUGGGCGCGCACUACGGCGCCGGGUGCACGGCCUACACGCUCAGCCACCGCGCCAGCCUCCCGUCGGCGGACGCGUGGGUGCCCGGCAUCGCGACGCACCUGGAGCGCUUCGACCGGUGCGGGCUGGGCUACGACAUCUUCCUCGCGCGGCACCGGGUCGAGCCCGUGAGCGAGGGCAGCGCCUUGUGCUGGGCGACGUGGCGGAUCAGGCCGCGUGCGGGCUCCGAGACGGAGGGGUGGGAGUGGGAGAAUGUUUAUGCGUACAGGAGGGCGCCUACGGGUACGGUGGGGGGUGGUGGUGGUGGUGGUGGUGGUGGUGAGGCGGGACGGAAGAUUGGUGGUGAGGGUGCCGACGCGUGGGAAAAGCCGGAGGGGUGGUGGGAGUUCAUCGUGAGUGAUAAUGAAAUUUCGGGCCUUUUGGCAAGGGUGCCGAAUUUCAUGGAGCUCUGA